AGAUCGCGCCGAGCAUGCGCAGUUGUUUAAGCUCUGGGGACGCCCACAUCCUGGUACUGCUUGUCUCACGUGUUCAAACAAGCGGAACAGAGACAGCUUUGGAUUUGAGUCAAGACCAAUGGCAGAGUUGAUCACAGCAUGUUCCAACGUCACACUGUCAGUCUCUGCCCUGUGCACAGCAUAUCAGCUCUUCAAGGACCACAGAGCUCCAGCGGUGGGUUUCUUCCUGCUUGGUCUCUCAUCAGGCCUCUGCACCCUGCCUCUCUCCUUCAGCCCAUACCUGACCUCUGUACAGGGGGACCUGGAGUGGGCCGGCGAGGUCCUGGCUCCACCGCUGGUCUCCUUCGGCUUCCUGUGGCUCAGUGAAGACCGCACCACAGCCAACAUCCUCCUUAUUGGCUCAGCUCUCCUCCCGGUGCUCUGCGAUUGGUUGUCAGCGGACGAGUUGAUGCUGAUGUCACGCUGUCUGGCGUUGUCUGCCAUCUCCUGCUCGCUCACUGUGUGUCUGUUUGCGGGAAACGCUGUCGGGGCCCUGGGCAGUGUGGCCCUCAGCCUGCCACAAAUGGUGGCCCCCAGGGUGGGGGUCAAGACUCUGGCUCCCCUUGUCUCUCCAGGGGCCACUGUGGGACUGCUUAAGUGGCUCCUGAAGGGCUCCAUGGCUGUAGGGUGCUGGGCCUCUGAGAAGGCACUUAGCAAGUACCUGUUGGAACUGAAGGAAUUGGACACGCCAUUUUAACUUGUUACCACAGUAACACAGGGCUUCCCCAAACUCAGUCCUCGGGUCACCGGGGUUUAGUGUCUUUCCUAAGCACUACACAGCUUAUUCAAAUAAUCAACUAAAAGCUUUGAUCAUUUCAAUCAGGUUUAUAGUGUUUGGGCAAAAACCAAAACGUGCACCCCUUGGAGUCCCGAGCAUCGAGUUUGGGAAACGCUACUGUAACAGUUACUCACUGUCUGAACAGUUCAAUAGUCCCUCACACAUGAUAAUUACUGAUUGUUAAGUUGAUGUGGUCUCAUGAUGUGCACAUAGAGCUGCUGACAGAAGAGAACCAGAUGGAGGGUCUAUUUAUUUUGUCCUGCAGGGCCUUGCCUCAUAGAAGUAGAAUGAAUAGAACGGUCUUGGAACCUCUGACCAUGGCUUUUUGACUGGUAAAGUCAUGGGUGCACUCAAAAUGGCGUCAUUGACUUAAAUGAGCAAGCUUGUUCGACUUAUUCUAGUACUGUGGCUUGCCUUUGAUCUGUAGCCAAUAACCUUUUCAAUUCCUAAUGACCAAUAACCUUUCCAAUUCCUACUGGCCAAUGACCUUUCCAAUUCCUACUGGCCAAUAACCUUUACAAUUCCUACUGGCCAAUGACCUUUCCAAUUCCUACUGGCCAAUAACCUUUCCAAUUCCUACUGGCCAAUGACCUUUACAAUUCCUACUGGCCAAUAACCUUUCCAAUUCCUACUGGCCAAUGACCUUUCCAAUUCCUACUGGCCAAUGACCUUUCCAAUUCCUACUGGCCAAUAACCUUUACAAUUCCUACUGGCCAAUAACCUUUCCAAUUCCUACUGGCCAAUGACCUUUCCAAUUCCUACUGGCCAAUAACCUUUACAAUUCCUACUGGCCAAUGACCUUUCCAAUUCCUACUGGCCAAUAACCUUUACAAUUCCUACUGGCCAAUGACCUUUCCAAUUCCUACUGGCCAAUAACCUUUCCAAUUCCUACUGGCCAAUGACCUUUCCAAUUCCUACUGGCCAAUGACCUUUCCAAUUCCUACUGGCCAAUAACCUUUCCAAUUCCUACUGGCCAAUAACCUUUCCAAUUCCUACUGGCCAAUGACCUUUCCAAUUCCUACUGGCCAAUAACCUUUACAAUUCCUACUGGCCAAUGACCUUUCCAAUUCCUACUGGCCAAUAACCUUUACAAUUCCUACUGGCCAAUGACCUUUCCAAUUCCUACUGGCCAAUAACCUUUCCAAUUCCUACUGGCCAAUGACCUUUCCAAUUCCUACUGGCCAAUGACCUUUCCAAUUCCUACUGGCCAAUAAACUUUCCAAUUCCUACUGGCCAAUGACCUUUCCAAUUCCUACUGGCCAAUAACCUUUCCAAUUCCUACUGGCCAAUGACCUUUAAAAUUCCUACUGGCCAAUGACCUUUACAAUUCCUACUGGCCAAUGACCUUUCCAAUUCCUACUGGCCAAUGACCUUUACAAUUCCUACUGGCCAAUGACCUUUCCAAUUCCUACUGGCCAAUGACCUUUCCAAUUCCUACUGGCCAAUGACCUUUUCAAGAGAUUAUCCAUAUGAUCCAUAUAAUGAUGCCAGUCUGCCAACUUGGAGGUGACAUGAUCCACCAUUGGGACAAGUGUCUGUUGCCAGUGUAUGAGCACUGUCAAGGGUGUUGUUCUACUUGUUCAGCUUAUUGUCAUGGCCAGGGAGCUCUGCUCUGUUAUCCUAGUACUUUCAUCUAUGCAAGUCGAAGAAGCACUGGUGUCUUAAUUCUAAAACUGUAAAACAUUAUUGAUGAUAUUAGUAACAGCGGUUAAUAACAUUUUAUGUGCUAAAAUAUUGAUUUGUUGUUGUAUCAACAAAAGGAGUAGCGCUUGGAUUUAACGCUUGUAUGUAGUGAUUGUCAUGGGUCACUAAUACUCCCAACCUCUUUCACACCACAUAUUAGAAAGUCUAAUUCAUCUAUGGAGGUUGAUUUACAGGACAGUGUAAUUACCAAUUGGCUAUAAAAGAUUCUAUCUGCUUACUCUGUGAAAAUAUCCUCCCAACAGUGGCUCUAUAAGGAGGAUGGAAGUACCUUCCAGACAUUUAUUACUGUCUUUGUCUAUGAGUAUGCCUCCCAAAUAACACCCUAUUCCCUAUGUAGUGCACUACUUUGAGCCCAUUUUGGGGCACACUCUGGUUGAACCUGGGCAGGCUUGACUUCAGUGUCUUGUCCUACGAUGAGCACCAAACAGCUUGUACUAGACUAUGCUCACUGUGAAGCCAAUGUCAUUGACACACAGGACACGUUUGAGAGCCGAUAGCUUUAGUGCCUGAACAUGGCCGGGGUACCAAAAUAGUCAGGGCUGCGAUCCAAAUGACAGCCUAUCCCCGAUAUAGUGCACUUCUUUUGACCAGAGCUCUAUAUGGGCAUGGUCAAAAGCAGUGCACUAUAAAGGGAAUAGGGUGCCAUUUGGGAUGCAGCCCUAAGUCCCCUCAGAUUCAGGAUCCUGUUCAUUCUGCAGCCUCAGCAGAUAGCUACUGUGUACAGUGAGAUUUAACUAGAUACAUCUGCAGUGUUUACACCACUAACACUAUGGAUCUAUAUUCAUUUAUUCUUCAGAUAUAACACAUAUUAUAUCCACUUACUGUCCAUAAUGUCUAUACCAGAAGGGUUCUUUAUUUUUACUAUUUUCUACAUUGUAGAAUAAUAGUGAAGACAUCAAAACUAUGAAAUAACACAUAUGGAAUCAUGUUGUAACCAAAAAAAAGUAUUAAACAAAUCAAAAUAUA